AUUAAAAUCAUCCGUCCCCGUUUACCUGUCCAAGCAGUACGCAGCUCCGCUUCCGCAGACCCGUGCUGUCGCAUCCGGAGGUUUCUAGAGACCACGAGCGCUCCACUGCCCCUCGAGACCUAGAAGCACGAGGUCAGUAUGGGAAGAAGCUACGAUUACAGUCCAUCACCGCCACGAGGUUACAGAAGGAGAGGCCGCAGUCCAAGUCCUCGUGGUCGCUAUGGAGGCCGUGGUAGGGAUCUCCCAACUAGUCUUUUGGUGAGGAAUCUUCGUCGCGAUUGUAGGCCUGAUGACCUCCGAAGACCAUUUGGAAAAUUUGGUCGCCUUAAAGAUAUAUAUCUGCCAAGGGAUUACUACACUCAGGAGCCUCGAGGAUUUGGGUUCAUCCAAUACUAUGAUCCUGAGGAUGCUGCUGACGCGCAAUAUCAUAUGGAUGGGCAGAUUCUUCUUGGCAGAGAGGUUGCUGUUGUUUUUGCAGAGGAAAAUAGGAAGAAGCCUUUUGAGAUGAGGACUAGGGAAAGAACAAGUAGCAGAGGUCGUUCUUAUGACAGGAGGUCGCGUUCUCCUAGGCGUGGUCGCUCAGUGUCACCUGGAUACUCAGAUAGAUCACGGUCCCGAAGCCAAAGCAAGUCGCCAGCACCCAAGAGAAAGCACCACUCGAGGUCCCCGGCUCAUCGUGAGAGAUCUUUCUCGCGCUCGCCAGCGGACAGCAGAUCGAGGAGUGGAAGCCCAUCGGAGGAUCGCGGCAGCAGGUCUCCCCAUAUGCAGAGAACAACUGAGAGUAAUGCAGUGAAGUAACCUAGGUUCCCACUGGCCAGUGAAGUAGCCUAGGGCCUACUGUGGGUGGAAGUACCGACAUGGAUAUCUGAAUGCUGCGACAUUGAACCAUGUUUCAGAUUUUAUGGGCCGUCUUCGUACCAUAGGUGUGCUAGCGAUGAAUGAAGGUGUAUUUUGGUGCAUCCAUUUGGUGGAGAUUCUAAGAGAAAUUUGAAUGCUUGUCGAAUUCACUGAGCUGUAUACUUUGCAACUGUUAAGUUGUUUAUGUUGAACUGUGCUGCGCUCUAUUCCUA